AUGCCUUCGGUUCGAGACAUCGCUGCUGAUGCUUUCAUUCGUGAAUACGCUGGUCAUUUGAAAAGAUCAGGUAAAAUUGAGGUUCCCACUUGGGUCGAUAUCGUGAAGACUGGCCACGGAAAGGAACUUGCACCUUACGACCCCGAUUGGUACUAUGUCCGUGCAGCCGCUGUGGCCCGUCACAUCUACCUUCGGAAACACGUUGGUGUCGGUGCCCUAGCCAAACUCCACGGAGGCGCCAAGAACCGCGGUAACCGUCCUUCGCACCAUGUAGAUGCUUCCCGAUCAGUUGAACGAAAGAUUCUUCAAGGUCUUGAAAAAAUCGGUGUCCUUGAAAAGGUGGGAGACUCUCGGGGUGGCCGAAGGGUAUCUCAAGAUGGUCAGCGUGAUUUGGACCGUAUUGCCAGCAACAUUGCCGAGCAGAUGAGGUCUGGUGCUGAAGAAGAUGAUGAAGAGUAA